AUGGCUUCUCUCAAACGCAAAGCAGGUGCUGACCUGGCUACCUCGGCCGAUCCCAAGAAGGCCAAGCAGCAGCCGGGACAGCAGAGCUCGCUCAUGUCCUUCUUUGGGGCCCCCAAGGGAGCGCCAUCGGCGGCAGCAUCCACGCGUAACGCAAGCACAAACGGAAACGGCGUAAGCGGCAAGGUGAGCGGCGCUGCGAAGCCAGGCCUGGCGCCGGCCACACCAGAGUUCUUUCACUCACAGCCCAAGUUCGACAAGGCCAAGUGGGUGGCCAAGCUCACCAAGGAGGAGCAGCAGCUACUUAAACUGGAGAUCGACACCCUCGGCGAGAGCUGGCUUGCCGUCCUCAAGGACGACCUUGUCACGGCGUCGUUUCUGGAACUGAAGCGCUUCUUGAGCCGCGACCACGCGGCCGGCUGCAAGAUCUUCCCACCACCCCAGGACGUCUAUUCUUGGUCUCGAUACACAUCCUUCAGCGACGUCAAGGUGGUCAUUCUUGGCCAGGACCCGUACCACAAUGAUGGACAGGCGCACGGCCUCGCCUUUUCGGUGAAGCCGCCCAUCAAGCCGCCCCCAUCGCUCAAGAACAUCUACUGUGCGCUUAAAAGGGACUAUCCCAACGCGUUCCAGCCGCCGCCGCCGCAGCAGGGUGGCCUGUUGACGCCGUGGGCCGAGCGCGGCGUGCUCCUGCUCAACACGUGCCUGACGGUGCGCGCCCACGAGGCCAACUCGCACUCGUUGCACGGCUGGGAGCGCUUUACGCAGCGGAUCAUUGACCUGGUGGCCCAGCGGCGCCCGCGCGGUGUCGUAUUUUUGGCCUGGGGCUCGCCGGCGGCCAAACGCGUGGCCAAGAUCGACGAGACGCGCCACUUGGUGCUGCGCAGCGCGCACCCGAGCCCAUUGAGCGCCCACCGCGGCUUUUUCAACUGUGGCCACUUCCGUGCGGCCAACGCGUGGCUGAUGAAGCGGUACGGCGCCGAGGGUGAGAUCGACUGGAGCUUGUUGCCGGGCACGACGACGAUCGAGGGUCUGCCGGAGAAAACGGUGGCGGCCCCAGUAGGGGACGUAAAGGUAGAAGAGAAGGCGAACGAGGCGGGGGUAAAGCAGGAAGAGAAGGCGACGACUGGGGAGACAAAGCACGCAGGGACGGCGGCCGACUCGGCCGAGAAGACAGCUGACACUGAGGGCGCUGCAGCCGUGGACGCCGACGACGAGAAGGUGAACGUCAAGGUCGAGGCAAAGGAUGCCUAG